GUCUACCAAUUUGGCUACUGCAAAGCCCCUGGACUGCGCGAGCCCCGACUGUGUUUUGGUGAAGUUGCCGGCCACUGGGGAGGCGAAACAAUAGUUGGACAAGAUGGAGGAACAACACAGGCGAAGGGGGCUGGCGUUCUCGAGUCAGCUCGUCGCGACGCGUGGUACUAAUUUGUUCCUGGAACGCCUGAUAUGAUUGUGCAAUAGUAGCGCUUCUUGAUCCUCUAUUGCAGCUUUGUGAUUUUUUUCUGCGCACUUCGUGCCGGCAGCCUAUUCUCUUCUCUUAAUCAGGUACUACGUUUGCAAAGGCAAGUGGAUACCAGCCCGGCCUUCUUGACGAGGAGUGCGACAGUCACCACGUAGUCUCUGUCCGCUGCCGCUUUCGUUCUCAACAAGAAAGCUUUUAUGCAUUAUAUUUUCACUUAUUUCAUCUCUGCUUCUUUAAGUGUCUACAUGUACAUGCGAUCUAUGAUAGUGGUAGCUCGUCCCAGCAUAACGUUUCUAUUUCGUUUUUUCAAAAUGGUUGAAAGUACAAACGUCGAUGAUAAGGUCCACGAAGCUUGGCCUUCUGUUGCAUGUUCGCAUUUUUUAGAAGGCUCGGAUAUUUGUCAUGUAAAGUGUAGAAGGCCGUCCUACACUCACUGUUAUCGUUUAUUCC